UCCUCGAAUUCGCAUCACACCGAAGUGAACUUGACUUUUAACCCAACUAAACUGAUAAAAAAGUGCAUUUUAAUCAUUGUAAUCAACAACAACCAAAAUGGUCCUCUCAAAACCCAUAUUCAACGCGUUAGGUUUUUAUUUCGAGCAAUUAUUCAACCACCCGAUUCGAACAAAAGCAAUUACGUGCUGUGUUAUAGCCACCGCCGGGAACUACGCCUCCCAAUGCAUCUCUGGAAACAAAGUCCUUAAUCAACACAGCCUCCUAGCUUACGGCAUUUUCGGAUUGCUGUUUGGGGGCACCAUCCCGCACUAUUUUUACGCAUGGCUGGAACGAGUGGUCCCCGAAGAGGCGGCAUUUCCCAUCGCAAAGAAACUCUUUCUUGAACGACUGAUUUACUCGCCUUUGUACCAAGCAUUUACGUUGUAUGUUCUGGCCAGGUUGGAGGGCAAAAGUCACGAGGGGGCCCUUAACCAGUUACAGAGUUUGUAUUGGAGUGUCCUCACGUCCAGUUGGAAGUACCUGACCAUCAUUCAUUUGCUCAAUUUGAGCGUUGUACCCCCGAUGUUGAGGGUCUUUAUCAUCAACCUUGUGGGAUUUUUCUGGACGAUUUACAUUGCCAACAAGAGGCGUCAACAGGCCAAACGUGAUAAAUAAGCCAAGGGGGCUGUUUUUAUAAUUAAGUAAUCAUUCCAAUUUAAGGGUGUUUGAAAUGUUAUUUAGAUGUAAUUUGGUUAUAAAUAAAGUGGUUGGUUGUUUGAUUUGAAA